AUGGUUAAAAAAUUCCUGGCAUCAAUAAAAGCAGUGGUGACCCGUUUGGUUUUUGGGGCCCACGGAUUUGUUGCCAUUUGGCAAGUUACCCAGUACAAAGAAAAUCUCCGAUAUUGGUAUUUAAGUUGCCCUAUUCUUCUGUUAUUUUUUGAAGGAAUCUUUACGUUAACCAUUAAGGAGAACCAGGAAUGGAAAUGGUUUUGUCCAUCAGUAUUUCUCUAUCUGGGCAGCGUAGUUCCAGCGAUUUGGUUAUUGGAAUUAGAUAAGGUUGAUAGAAGAUUAAAAGCGAGAGAAGAGACUUUUAACUUAUCUGUUGCCGCAAAUUUUCAAGACUUGAACAAAUACUUGGGGGUUCCAAUACGUUUGCCCGAGAUUCAACUUUCGGCCGAGACAUGGGUGACUCUAAUAGAACAAUUUUUGAUGUUAAUUCUAAUUGUCGGACGAUGGAUGCUCCCUAAGGGCGAUUUGACCAGGGAUCAACUCAGUCAACUUCUACUAGUCUACAUAGGUACUGCUGCGGAUAUAAUAGAAUUCUUCGACUCUUUCAAGGAGGACAAGGUUGCUAGUGAAAGAACUUUAGUUUUUUUAACACUGGCCAUCUGGAGCUGGAGUUUACUCCAGUUUACUAUCGUCUUAAGUGCCACAAGAUCCAGAAAGCCCAGAGGCGUCGCUGGACAGAAUGGCAGUGGCAGAAAAAUCGUCCAAACUCAACAGAAAUCCCAAGGUUGUUGCUGCUCCAUCGACGCAUGGGGCAUAGCCCUAAAUAUACUUUUGCAAGACGCCCCAUUUUUAGCAUUUCGUCUGCUGAUAAUAAUUCACUACCGCAUCGUGAGUUAUAUGAAUGUAUUUUUCACGUGCAAAAAUACUCUGGUUAUAUUAUUGCAACUUUAUCGACUGUACGUUGUGCAUGCCGAAGGAAGAAGAAAGUUGCAGAAUGGAGGACGAAGGCGGAAAAGACGAGACCAGUUGACAGACAUCAGUGUCAUUUCUGGCCGAAUGGUUAAGGAUUCAUCAAGAAAACGCGAAAAAUAUCAUCGUGAUGAUGGGAGUGAUGAUGGUGAUGAAGGAAGUAGACGGAACAAAGAACGUGCAGGCAGAAAAAAACAUCAGAAAAGUGAUGGAUCAUUGAGGCAAUCCAGUAGCGUCCGCAAAGACACAGGCUACUCCACCGCCAGUUCCCAGCACACCGACGAAAAACAAACCCAGACUCGUCGACCAAAAACCAAACCUCCGCGUCUAUCCCGUCAACCGCCACCAGAAAAACCAAAGAAACCACCAUCACACAGUCGUCGCCAUCGCACAGAGAUCGACAUACCGGAAGAAGACGUCGACGCGUCUUCGGAAGUGAUAUCACUGUCGCCUGAGAGCGAUUUCGAGAAAUAUGAAAAUAAAUGCGGAACGAGGAGGAAUCGCGAAGUGGUUUAUUCAAGCGAUUGA